UUCGUCUACCUCCACCGCAAUCGUUCAAUCGCAGGCCGUUGACUCUAUGAAAUAUCUACAUGUGCCAAGUUAAUUUUUCAGUGAUGUGACGGAAAAUACAAGCGCUCUUUCUCAUCUAUGUUUUUUGUAUCUUGAAAUUUCGAUUUUCGAAGACCCGAGAGGAGGGAAUUGCCGCAGAAUGAACUUGUUUCUUCCAUCCCUGAUAUUUCUACUGCUGGGAAACUUCGGUCACGGCCAGGAGGACGGUUUAUCCUUCACCGUGAGUCCCGCGGACCAUUCAGUGAUAGAGGGAUCACCCGUGCGUUUACGAUGUGAGACACAGCCCAGACUUGGUGUCAAUUAUUCAUGGAAACUCGAUGGACAGACCCUGGCACCCAGUCCACGAAGACAUCAAGUUGACAGUGAUCUCUACAUCACUCGAGUCAAUAGGAUUCUAGACAGUGGAAACUUUGUUUGUGUUGCUUAUCAUGAGCCGAGUGGAAACACUAUCGAGAGUUCACCAGCUAAAAUCGACGUGCAAUGGAUAAGUGAAGCGAGUGUUGUCCUGGAAUCACCCAAGUUUCCAUCGUUAGUGCGACUGGGUAGUGAAAUUGAAUUACGCUGUCACGUCGACGGUUCCGGAGAAAUGAAAUACGAGUGGUACAAGAAUACCCACAGCUUGGUAAUGGCUGAUGGAAGGAUUGAGACGAAAAAGAAGCGAAAAUUAUCAAUUCACAAUGCAAAUUCCCAAGACAGUGGAGUGUACACGUGCAAAGCGAAGAACGAAGCGGGCUAUUCGUUAAUUAAGGAGAGCUUUCCACUGGUAAUACCGUCGAAUGAGACAGCAACAAUAAAAGUUGUGCCCCAGAAUCUCAUAGUGAAACGCGGUGAAUCAACGUCGUUUCACUGUAUGUACGAAGAUGCUGAUAGAAUUGAGUGGUUUUUCAACGAUAAUGGCCCCCUCGUUGAUGACGAGGAACGAGUGAUUUUUGAUAAUGGCACUUUGUUGCUGCGCUCUGUUGAACAACGCGAUCAGGGUAUCUAUGCUUGUCAUGGUGUCAGGGACGAGACGAGACAGAUUUACACGGCUGAGCUUUAUAUUGCAUUCAUUAAAAACCUGACGGACGCGAGUUUCGAGCCAUCCCUGCCGAGCCAGCAGGCAAUAGUCGGCCAAGACCAGGAGCUCCAGGUCAGCUGCCUGGAGCCCCGAGGUUUACCGUCCCCCCGAAUAUUCUGGCGCGACCCCCGAGGCCACAUAAUCAGCGACAGCGGUGCAGUCCGCACCCAAGACAACACCCUGAUAAUCUCAAAAGCCCGAAGCCCCGAGGACAACGGUAACUACACCUGCGUUGCGGAGAACCUGUCAGGCACCACCGAGAUCCUCGUCCAAGUGAUCGUCUCCACCCCCUCGACCCUCCACACAUCCCCAAAGUCCUCAUCAGUAAUGGAGAGUGAUCCAGUGACGCUGUCCUGCACCUACUCCGGUCUGCCACCCCCAGUGACAUCAGCCCAAUGGCUGAAGGACUCAGAGCCCCUGAAAGAGACGGGUGGCCCCACCAGAUACAGAAUGACAAAUCACAACGGCAACGUGACCCUUCACUUCAAGUCGAUAUCCCUCUCAGACAGGGGCACCUACACCUGCGAAAUCCAGACAAAAGGCUUUCCAAGCAUCCGCUCAGAGCCAUCAGUAGUGAGUAUCCAAGAGAAACUGAAAUUCUCGCCCCCUCCUGUCGACAAAAAACUGGAAUUGAACUCCACAGCGAAGGUAUACUGCAAGGCCCAGGGCUCCACCAAUCCGACGGUAAAAUGGAUGAAAUACGGUUGCGGUGAUAAAUUCCCGGAGCACAUUCAAGACAUAAAUGGCACCCUGCACUUCAACGGUGUUGUCGAGAGUGACAAGGGCCAGUACAUCUGCAUGGCAACGAAUGCCCAGGGCUCGAUCAACCACACAAUUGACAUUGAGGUGGUGAUAGCCCCCCAGUUCAAGCGACUCCCCCAGGAUCCGACAUUUGUCCUGGAGGGAACGCCGGUUCUGCUUGAGUGUGUGGCAACGGGCAAGCCAACACCGCAGAUCCACUGGGACAAGAACUCGAAGCUUGGAAAUUUGGGGGAAAGAUCCCAAGUGCUUGGCAAUGGCUCCCUGUACAUCAGAGAGGCCUUCAUGACGGACGCCGGCCAGUACGGCUGCACAGCUGGCAACAGUGGAGGUCUCAAGCGAAUUGAAGUCCAGUUGAUAGUGAAGCCAAGAGACGAAUCGAGAUACGACAUGGACAUGGAGAACUACGAUGGCUCCAUGAUGACAAAGACAGUGACAAUAACCCUGAGUGUUGCUGCUGCCUACAUGGUCCUGGUGAUAGGUCUAAUGCUGUACUGCAGAUACAGAAGACGCAGGAGGAAGCAGCAGUACCUGCAGGAGCAGGCUGACGACAAGCUUGAGAAUGGUGACGUUCACGAGGAGCAGACAGAGCUCAAGGAGAUGAACCACAAAGGGGCGAACAGCAAGAAGAAGGACAACAGGGACUCCCACAGGAGCGAUGGUGGCGAGACAGCGCAGAGUCAGAGCAGCAAUCACUCGAGAAAGUCCAAGAGCAGUUACGACAAACUCGCGAUAUCCCGGGCCAACCUGGGGGACCUUAAGCCACUGGGUCGAGGGGAAUUUGGCGAAGUGUUCUCCACUAGGUACCAAGUGGACUCCGAGAAGGAGCAGAUUGUCAUGGUGAAGAGCCUACUCAACACCAAGGAUGAGACCGUUCUGCAGGAGUUUAAGAGGCACCUGGAUCUCUUUCACAAGUUGAAUCAUGAGAAUGUGGCGAAGUUGGUGGGUCUGUGCAGGGAGGGCGAGCCGGACUACAUGAUACUGGAGUACACAGAUUGGGGUGAGUUGAAGCAGUUUUUGGUGGCCUCGAGGAAGGAGGAGACUGGCAAUUCGACGCUGGAGGCCAAGGCCAGGGCUCCACAGCUCUCUGUCGCCCAGAUUUUGGCGCUGGCCAGUCAGGCUGCCAAUGGGCUCAAGCAUUUGGCUGAUAAUCGACUGGUGCACAAGGAUAUUGCUGCGAGAAAUUGCCUCAUUGCCAGCAAUUUGAGCCUCAAGAUAUCCAUGACCAGCAUGACUAAGGAGCCCUAUCAGCAGGAGUACACUAAACAUAAUAAUCAGGUGAUUCCACUGAGGUGGCUGCCUUACGAGGCCGUUUACGAGGACGAGUACUCGACGAAGAGUGAUGUGUACUCGUUCUCCUGUCUCGUUUGGGAGAUAUUUCAUCAGGGUGAGCUGCCCUUCAACAAAUUCAAUGAUGAGACUGUUUUGACGCUGUUGAAGGGGGGCUCCCUAGAGUGGAAGGCCCACAAGGCUGCACCACCUGCUCUCCAGGAGCUGCAGGACAAGUGCUGGUCGAAGGAUCCCAGGGAGAGACCAACCUUCGAUGAUGUUGUAUUAAAGAUUGGGGAAAUUGUGGUUGAUAGCUGUCUGUAAGUACAGGUGACCAGUGGGAAACAGGACAU